AUGAAGGCCCAAACAGCAUUGACCGGCCUGGUGUCGGUCGCCGCCCUUCUCCCUGAGGUCUCGGCCAACAUCGUUGUUAUUCGUAACCCCUCUGUUGAGCAGGCUGCCGCAGAGGCUCUCGCAGUCCCGUUGGCUGCGCUCAAGCGUGCGGCACCUGAAGCUCCUAACGGAUACGUCCCUACACAUGUCGACUGCCCUUCAGAUCGCCCUACUAUUCGCAAUGCAUCCACCAUCUCGCCCAACGAGACAGAAUGGCUCUACGUACGAAGGAAUAACACCGUCUCAGCCAUGAGAAAUCUGCUUGGUCGCAUGAACAUCACUGGACUCGACACAAAUUCUUAUAUCGAUAGCGUGGCAAACAACGUCAGCGCUCUUCCCAACAUUGCUAUUGCUGGAUCAGGAGGUGGUUACCGCGCCUUGAUGAACUACGCCGGUGCCGUGGCCGCUUUCGACAACCGUACUGCCAACUCUACCGGAGCAGGCCAACUCGGUGGUCUUUUGCAGGCUUCAACCUACCUGGCUGGUCUUUCGGGCGGUUCGUGGUUGGUGGGCAGUUUGUUCAUGAACAACUUCAGCUCAGUUGAAACCAUCCUCAGCCAGGACACUGCCAACGGCAACGGAGGCACAUGGCAGUUUGCCAACUCCAUUCUUGAGGGCCCUGCAAGCAGCGGUCUCUCGAUUUUGAACACGGCCGAGUAUCUUAAGGACAUCUACGACACUGUUCAAGACAAGAAUGAUGCCGGUUACGAAACUACUAUCACCGAUUACUGGGGUCGCGCACUGUCUUACCAGCUCAUCAAUGCUACCGAAGGAGGUCCUGCGUACACUUUCUCGUCUAUCGCCGACUCUGACCAGUUCAGAGCUGGCAACACCCCCAUGCCUAUCUUUGUCGCUGAUGGCCGUGCUAGAGGCCAGCUCGUCAUCGACGGUAAUGCUACCGUCUACGAGAUGAACCCAUGGGAGCUUGGUAGCUUUGACCCCACCACCUACGCAUUUGCUCCUAUGCGCUAUCUCGGCUCAAACUUCUCCGAUGGUGUAGUUGUACAGGGAGACAUGCAGUGUGUGCGCGGAUUCGAUAACGCCGGAUAUAUCAUGGGUACCUCCAGCUCUUUGUUCAACCAGGCCUUCUUGCAGGUCAAUGGUUCCACUGGUCUAAUCAACGAGGCUAUUACUAAAGUCCUGGGCGAAAUUGGUCAGGACAACGACGAUAUUGCCAACUACCCCAACCCUUUCUUCGGUGUCAACAACGCGACCAGCCGUAUCGCUACCACUGACCAGCUUACGCUCGUCGACGGCGGUGAGGAUUUGCAAAAUAUCCCUCUUCACCCGCUCAUUCAGCCCGAGAGACACGUCGAUGUCAUCUUCGCCAUCGACUCUUCUGCCGAUACCACCGUCGACAAUGGCGGCGCCAACUGGCCAAACGGCACUGCUCUGGUUGCUACCUACGCCCGUACCUUCCUGCCCAUCUCCAACGGCACUUCCUUCCCCUCCAUCCCCGACCAGCAGACCUUUGUCAACCUCGGCCUGAACUACCGCCCUACAUUCUUCGGCUGUGACUCUAGCAACACCACCAAUAUGACUCCUUUGAUCGUUUACCUGCCCAACUCCCCUUACGUCUACCACAGCAACGUCAGCACCUACGACCUGUCCUACAACGACACCGAGCGCAACUACAUCAUCGAGAACGGCUACAAUGCUGUCACCCAAGGCAACUCCACUCUAGACGCCGAAUGGCCCACGUGCGUGGGCUGCGCCAUCCUCCAGCGCUCUCUCGAGCGCACAGGCACGACAAUCCCCGAUGUGUGCAACUCGUGCUUCUCGCGCUACUGCUGGGACGGCACCGUCAACUCGACCACAAACACCACCUACGAGCCCCCAUACAAGCUCCCCAAGAACGACGUACUCAGCUUCUCGAGCAGUGGCUUCCGGGGCGCUGUGCCCUCGUUGGCAUUUGCUGUUUCUGCCGUCGCUACCGUGCUGAUGAUCAUGUAG